AUGCUGCGCGUGUCCAACCUGCUGCGCGGGCUCACGGCGGCGCCGCUGCGUCGCGGCAGCGUCUUAGGGCGCUCCUCUCUGGACUGGGACGACAUUGACGACAUCGACGAGGACUGGGAGCUGGACGACGAGGGCGACGUGGCCUCCGCCGGCCGCCGCAAGAUCGAGGAGCACGUCAAGCAGAAGGUUCGAGUGCGGCGCGCGCAGCACUCGAAGCGCCGCUUCGUGGACCGCAUCCGCGUUAAGGCCACCGGUGGCCACGGCGGCAACGGUUGCGCCAGCUUCUUCGCCGAGUCGGCGAUGCGCAAGCGGCCCAAUGGCGGUCACGGCGGCGCCGGAGGAGACGUGGUCAUUGAGGCCAGCGACAAGAUGCAGAACUUGGCGAACGCGACGCACCACUUCAAGGGAGGAGCAGGAACCAACGGAAUGCCGAACGAUGCUGCUGGAAGGAGAGGCAAGCACUGUGUGGUCAAGGUCCCGUGUGGUACGCUUGUGAAGCGGGUGGAGCGCUACGAGCGCGAGCUCGAGAACGGCGAGUACGAGAUUGUCGACCAGAUGGAGACUGUGUGUGAUCUGGACAAACCUGGUGCGACGUUCCUUGCUGCCAAGGGUGGCAAACCUGGUCUGGGCAAUCGCAUUCUGGCCGGCAAGACUACCAAGUUCGGUCGGCUGCGCAAGCACAUGCCGGAGAACAAGACUACGGGUCACCCGGGCACCUCGCAGUACUACGAGCUGGAACUCAAGACUAUCGCUGAUGUGGGUCUCGUGGGCUACCCGAACGCUGGCAAGUCUACGUUGCUCAGCGUGUUAAGCCGUGCCACACCCGAAAUCGCACCUUACCCGUUCACGACACUUCACCCGUAUGUGGGUAUUGUCGAGUUCCCGGACACGUUCCGCUUGAGUGUCGCUGACAUCCCCGGACUGAUCGACGGGGCUCAUCGCAAUGUUGGUCUGGGUCAUGAUUUCUUGCGCCACAUUGAGCGCACAAAGAUCCUGAUGUAUGUGCUCGAUACGGCGGGCUCAGAGGGGCGCGACCCCCUGGAGGACUUUACACACCUCCAGCGAGAACUGGAGCUUUAUGCACCAGGGAUUUCGUCGCGGCCAUCCUUGAUCGUUGCCAACAAGAUGGACGAGCAAGGUGCUGAGGACAACUUCCACAAGCUGCGCCAAUCUACUGACUUAGCUGUCCUUCCAGUCAGUGCUCUGCACAAGGUCGAUAUCGAUACGGUAGCGCGUACCCUGCGCUGGAUGAUCGAAAGUUACGGCAAGCUCACCAAAUGA